AUGCAACCGAACUCCGCCAUGCAGAAAAGCGACCGCUUGUCUGAAGACAGGGAACCGGAGGUGAGGAGUCGACCUGGCUCUAGACGAAACUCGGGCACCCUCUCCAGGCGAGGCAGUGUCAAGGAGGACGGCAAGGACCCCAAGAGGGGUGUGAACACAGCGCCAGGCUCCACCAACUCCACCCCCAAAAAGACGCAGAAGGGGCAGAACUUCGAUUUUGUUGUGACCGGGAAGCAGAUAACCAGAAAGGCAGACCGCGCCAGCUCCCUCCCGGGCUCGCACCGGCGUCCCUCCCUGGACUCGAUGCAAAAGCAGAGGAAGCCCUCAGACCUUACAAAGAGACUGGCAAUGUCCCAAUCAUCCAAGAGCAGGGACACUUCCAUUGAGGAGGACAUGUCAUUAGAACUGUCGCAGGUCUCUGACUUUGAAGAUAUGAACUCGAAAUACGGAAUCAGGCACAAGUUCGCGGCCCUGGCGACCUCCACCCCGAAGAAGACCAGGAGCGGCUCUUUGCACAGCCAACCCCUAGCGAAGGAGGUCCCCAGACGAGUGCAAAGGAGUUUGGACAGUAAGCAGAGUGCACAGAGCACGUUUUCCUGCAGCAGGGAUAGCCUCUACAAGACCUCUUCGUCCAGUGGCUACAGGCACGCUAUAAGCACCGAGCUCGAUUGCUCCUCAGUGUCUCCGGAGUACUCAGCGCCAUCGUCCGUGGGUUCGCUCGGAGCUCACCCGGACACCCUGGUCUCGCCGCGAUCCCAAUACCUCAACGACUCCAGUUGCUGCGUGAGCGCGUGGCAGGAGAGCGGCGGGGCGGGGGCGAGGGGCGCGUGCGCUGAAGGCGAGUGGGCCCACUUCUGGGCGCAGUACAACGGCCCCGAGAGCGCGCGCCCUCUAUACGACCUGUGCCCCACGCCGUACCGAAACGAAGACCUUGACCUAAUUGACUUCGAAUUUUCCACCGAGGGCUCCGUUAAGAGAACUCCUGAUAAACUGGCGACGGACGACGCCGUGAACGCAGGUGGUCUACAUUUCACUGAACGGGAGGCGAGGAACAUCGCGAAAUGCGCCCACAUCCUGAGCAGCGUCGUGGCCAGAGCGGCAGAGAGGAAGGCCAAGGAUCUGGAGACCAAAGGGCCGACGGAGAAGAUACAAGAGCUACAGACCGCGGAAGACGAGGCCGAGAGGGAGUUGAAAAGGAAGAAUCUAACGCUGGAACUGAGGGAGACCAACCAGCCGGCGGAGGCCGCAGAAGAGAAGAGAUGCGAGACAGUGACGACACAAACAGAUAUCUCCCUCCCCAACACGAAGAGUGCACCGAAGAUCUUCGAGAAGAUUCUGCGACAGCUUUCCAAGAGUUCCAUCGACGACGGCGUAGAGAAGAGGGCGCAGGAGAGCAAAGAGGAGAAGAAGGAAGACCCUCCGACUGGGUCU